AUGUGUGGCAUGCAGCAUUCAGUAAUCAAGCCAGCGGAGCCGUGGGCUUUGCCGCUCAACUAUACUCUUAUGCCAGAUUACUUCAGGUGCCUGGGUUAUAAAACCCACAUGGUUGGAAAGUGGCACCUCGGAUACUACGACAGGCAGUAUGUACCCAUAAAACGGGGGUUCGACACCUUUUUGGGGUUCUACAACCCCUCUUUGGACUAUUACAAUCAGAACUUCAAGGGAGUAUGUCUACUCAUUUCAUGUAUGGUGGACGCACUGGAUCAAUCUAUUGGUAUCGUCGUCGAUACCUUGCAAAAGGCGGGCAUGUUAAAUGACACUAUCAUCGUUUUUUGUUCGGACAACGGCGCAUUGCCCUGGGGAUUCAAGUCCAAUCGAGGCUACAAUUGGCCCCUGAGAGGUGGAAAGUUUACCCUAUACGAGGGUGGCGUUAGGGGCACAGCUUUUCUAUGGAGUCGUCGUCUGAAGAACACGAAGCGUGUCUCCAACCAGCUGAUGCACAUCUCAGAUUGGCUUCCGACGCUCUACUCGUCAGCGGGAGGGAACGUCUCAGAUCUUGGCAAUAUAGACGGAGUCGACAUGUGGGACUCGUUGUCUGCAUCACACAAAUCGCAACGUGACAUGGUCGUGCUCAACAUAAAUUCAGUGUUAAACUACUCCGCGAUUCGAGUUGGUGACUACAAACUCAUUGAAGGACGAUUCAACAAAAGCUUGUAUGACCAGAGAUUUGAGACCGUGGGAGGCAAGCGUCCGUUGGAUGACCUCGAAGCUUUGAUGAAUGAGUGCGUGGCUGCCUCUGCUCUCAGAGACUUGUAUAAACCCGAACCCCUACAAUUUUCUCCCUACUGGAGGGCCGAGGCCAAGAUAAACUGUAGUAACGAACCGUCGAGUGUCGACAUACAUCAAGAUACAUUUUACUUAUUUAACAUCAAAGAAGAUCCUUGUGAAACAAAUAACUUGGUAUGCGAGAAGACGGAGGCUGGCAAGCUAAAUGAGCUAAAGAAGCUACUCGCUGACCUUAAAAAAGAAGAGGCGAAGCCUCUUAACAAGCCAGCCGACCCUGCAGCCUACCCCGAAUGCCACAACGGAAUUUGGGAUCAUUGGACUCCCACAGUAUAA